AUGACGAUACGGCCAUCUCGAAACUUUCGUUAUGCGUGCACCUCGCGGGUCUUUGCAACAUCACAGACGCGCUCACUGAGCUCCCAUCACAGUAUAUACGUCUCAAACUCGGUUAACCCUUGCUUCAACCUGACAUUGGAAGACUGGCUGUUCAAACAUAAAUCACAUAAGGAACCUUUGCUGCUGCUCUAUCGCGACGACCCGUGCGUUGUCAUCGGUCGGAAUCAGAAUCCAUGGAAAGAAGUCAACUUCCCUGCCUUGCAGCGUGCGGACAUCCCGUUCAUUCGGAGACGAAGCGGUGGGGGGACCGUAUAUCACGACUCUGGAAACACAAACUUUUCAAUACAUCUUCCCCGCUCCCAGUUCGACCGCAACUCGACUGGCCAGGUUGUUUUGCGGGCCGUGCGCGCACUCGGAAUCGAUGCACGCCUCAAUGACCGGAAUGAUCUCUGCGUAGGACCGUAUAAGAUUAGUGACUUCUAUUACACAUCUUCCUAUUGCCAACAUGAUUGCCUCUACGUCUCAGGCUCUGCAUACAAAAUCGUCAAGGACCGCGCAUAUCAUCACGGUACUAUGCUCAUUUCGUCACAACUCAACACCCUCGGCGAUGUCUUACACUCUACAAAGACUUCAAUGGCCACAAAGGGGGUGGCUUCUGUCCGCUCGCCUGUACGAAAUUUAAACGAAUUCCGUCCGGACAUUUCACACGAAGACUUCGUGGACGCACUAACACGAGCAUUUCGUGAGCACUACGGUGUGGAUAAACCGGUGUGUAUCAUGACCGGUGAUACCAAUGACAUGAACGUGGACGAGAUUCGUUCGGGGAUGGCAGAGCUUCUAAGCUGGGAUUGGGCGUUUGGCCAAACACCAGAAUUCACGUACUCGAUACGUGGCCAAUUUGCGUGGGGGAAUGUGGCAGCUGAAAUUCGCUCGAAGCAUGGAGUUAUUCUGUCUUGCACGUUGACACCGGAUGAUACAACGCUGAGCAAGAACCUGGACAAACUCGGCGUGGUGCUCGAAGGUCAGAAAUAUGGGAGUGUCUGUUCUGACCUGCUGGGCUCCGCAGAACAGCGACUAAGAGACGUUGCAGUGUGGCUGGAGCGGGAAAUGAGGAGCUAG